GGUGAGCAGAGCAAACGCCCGCGGGCUUUCGCGCAUCUCCGCAUCGCAGUGAUUGCGUGGAUGGACGCAUUAAAAAAAAAGGAGAGGCUUGAAACGCGCGCGCCCCAUCCACGUCUUGCAUACCUUGAACCGGAUUUCGAAUGCGCUUCAUUGUGGCCGCAGAAGCAGCAGCGACUCGCAGACACUCGUCAUGGCGCCCGCAUUGACUUGCGCUCCUUUCACCCUCGUUUUUAUUUAUUCUUUACUGUUUUCUUCGGUACUUUGCGAUGAAGACGACGCGGCAGAAGAGCACGCCAAGCACACGUACACGGUGGAAAUGUUUACCGAGGCGGUGACCACGGCGCCGCACUUUGUCAUGUUUUACGCCCCGUGGUGCGCCCAUUGUCAGAAGCUGCAGCCGACAUGGAAUGAAUUGGCCGAUAAGUACAACAACAUGGAAGAUCCCCCCGCCUACGUCGUCAAAAUAGACUGCGUUCAGAACACCAAGUUCUGCUCCAAAGACCACAGCAUCCGAAGCUACCCCACGCUGGUGUUGUACAAGCCAGAACAGGCGCCUCUCAAGUACCAGGGCUUGAGAGUAUUGGAAGCUCUGGAGGAAUGGAUGUUGAAGAAGCUGGAGACGGACCCGUCCACCGAGGCGGAGGAGGAGCCGGCCGUCCCCCCGGAGCCCAAGGACGGCAUGUACGAGCUCACCGCCGGCAACUUCAAGGACCACGUUUCCAAAGGAUUGCAUUUCAUCAAGUUCUACGCGCCCUGGUGCGGCCACUGCAAAGCCAUGGCGCCCGCCUGGGACCAGAUGGCCUCCGCCUUCGAGCACUCCGAGGACCUGAAAAUCGGCAAGCUGGACUGCUCGGAACACCACGAUCUGUGCGUCAUGUUCAGCGUGCGCGGAUAUCCCACGCUGCUCUUCUUCAAGGGAGGUGACAAGAUCGAGGUCACGCGAUACAAAGGACAGCGAGACUAUGACACCCUCAAGGACUUUGCGGACAAGAUGGUGAUCGCCGCAAAGACGCCGCCGGAAGAAGCCGAAAAAGACGGCGAGGAAGGAGACCAAGAGGAGCCCCAGGAAGAUGCCCAAGGAGGAGCCCGCCAGGAGCCCGCGGACGACAAGGAAGGAGCCCGCCAGGACGCCGACGUCAAAGAGGAGGCGGCCCAGCAGGAGGAGGAGGAGGUCAAGUCCAACGUCCUACACCUGACGGAGAGCAACUUUGACGAGACCAUCUCCACAGGAUUCACCUUUGUCAAGUUCUUCGCUCCCUGGUGCGGCCACUGCAAGCGUCUGGCUCCCGUGUGGGACGAGCUCGCCGCCAAGGACUUUCCUGUUCUGACCAGCAUCAAGAUCGCCAAAGUGGACUGCACGGUGGAGCGCACGCUCUGCAACAAGUAUUCCGUGCGAGGUUACCCCACCCUGCUGAUGUUCCGCGCCGGCGAGCAGGGCGACAAGUACAGCGGCCCCCGCGACCUGGAGAACCUGCACAACUUUGUCAUGAAGCAUGCGAGGGAUGAGCUGUGAGGACCCGCGCGUGGGCUCCUGCGGCCAAACCUCGCUCUCCUUUUCCUACCACCACGGGACAAUUCUGGGUCUUUGGGUAUUUGUCAUUCUUGGGAAGUUCUUGAAGGGGGUCUUGGUUGUUUCCUGACAUGAUUUGUGUAGCCGCCUUUUUUUUUUUCUCUAUGUACAUGCGGGAUCUGUUGUUUGAGUGCAAGCCACGAAUUGAUGUUGUCUCGCCAGCGCUUAUGUGACUUGAGUCUCAGGGACGCCCUCGCAGGAGUCUGACUUGAAGACGUGAACGCAGAUCAGCUCCUCCCCCCCUGCCCCGAAACCACAUGCUAUUUUCUGCUGCUUCUGUUGAUCUGCAAAACCCCAACGGGUACUGGCCAACGUCCUCCAGAGGACAACGGUCUCCAUGGGCUGCUUUGUGGCCUUUUUGUUUGCAUUUGUGUAAGGAAGUGUUUUCUGUGGCCCAGUGGGGUCAAAGCACUGAUUUGGUCACGCCAAAGACCCCCCCCCCCCACCCCCCCUCCCCACCACUGAAGUCACCCCAGUGAGAUGUUGAACAAUCCCCCUAGUCAGUCAGACAGUCUCAGAACUAUUUCCUCAUAUUUGGACUGUGGAAAUGAAAUGCGCUGCACAUGUUGUUCCUUGACACCGUUUGUGUGACAAAGUCAAACCAGGUACUGUACACACACACACACACACACACACACAGACAGAGCAGUUUUUGCCAGGAAAUCUUUAUGCCAAGCACAUGGUCUACGGAACUCCAGUGACACUUGUUUUUGUGUGUUAUGCAGUCAUGGGUUGUGCACUGCCCACAGAUUUGACCCCCCCAACCCCCCUCCCCCCCCACAAAAUAAUGGCAAGUUUAACAUGAGAUUUCAUAAUAAAAGAAAUCUAAAAUAG